CAUUAUGAAUAGGAAAAGGUUUGAUUAGGGCACAGCGCAAUUGUCUCUCUCUUUCUGCUGAAGAUGAGAAGAAUUUAUGGUCUCUCUUUCAUGGCUACUUCUCAUUCUGCUUCGGUCAGAGUUUAUACAAAUAAAUCCAAUUGUAAACUUGGGAAGGAAUUCAAGUGCUUAGAUGAUGCUGUUACUCUCUUCCAUCAAAUGGUUAGAAUGAAGCCUCUUCCUUCAGUUGUCGAUUUCUCUAAAUUGUUUAAGAAUAUGGUAAGUAUGAAGCAUUAUUCUGCUUCCCUUUCCCUUUUUCGAGAAAUGCAGAAAUUAGGUAUCCCAAUUAGUGAUUUCAUCUUGAAUAUCAUGACUAAUAGUUAUUGCCUGAUGCAUCGUGUUGAUUGUGCAUUUUCGAUGUUACCCAUUUACUUGAAGAAUGGCAUUCCGUUUAAUACCGUCACUUUUAACACUCUAAUAAGGGGAUUAUUUGCUGAAAAAAAGUUUAAAGAUGCAGUUGAAUUGUUCAAGAAGUUGGUGAGAGAGAAGAUUUGUGAGCCCGAUGAAGUCAUGUAUGCAACCGUCAUGAAUGGGCUUAGCAAAAGGGGCCACACUCAAAAAACAUUAAGUUUGCUCCGGUUAAUGGAACAAGGGAACACUAAGCCAGACGUAUAUAUCUACAACAUUGUCAUAGAUUCCCUUUGCAAAGAUGGAAACUUAGAUGGUGCUAUCACUCUUUUGAAUGAGAUGAAGCAGAGAGGCAUUCCUCCAAACAUAGUGACAUAUAGUUCAUUAAUUGAUGGUUUGUGUAAGCUUGGUCAGUGGAGAAAAGUUAAGAUAUUGUUCUCUGAGAUGGUGAACCACAAUAUUUAUCCAGGUGUGCGCAGCUUCAACAUACUAACAGAUGGACUAUGCAAAGAAGGAAAAGUCAAAGAUGCCGAGGAAAUAAUGAAACACAUGGUCGGAAAAGGUGUAGAGCCUAAUAUAAUCACCUACAAUGCGAUAAUGCAUGGGUAUUGUUUGCGAGGUCAACUAGAUAGAGCGAGGAUAAUUUUUGAUAGCUUGGUAGAUAAGGGCAUUGAGCCUAACAGUUUUAGCUAUAACAUACUAAUAAAUGGAUACUGUAAGAAAAGGAAACUCGCCGAGGCCAUGCAAUUGUUUUGUGAAAUUUCUCAAAAGGGAUCAAAACCUGAUAUUGUUACCUACAAUACUAUCUUGCAAGGUCUUUUUGAAGUUGGAAGAACAGACGAUGCAAAAAAGUUCUUUGGUGAGAUGUUAUCUUCGGGGACCGUACCUGACUUAUGCACUCAUCACACUUUGCUUGAUGGUUAUUUUAAGUACGGACUUGUUGAAGAAGCUAUGUCACUCUUUAAUAAGUUGGUUGGAAAGAAAGAAAAUAUUGAUAUUAUAUCUUACAAUAUUAUCAUUAAUGGAUUGUGUAAAAAUGGUGAACUCGAUAAAGCUCAUGCUAUUUUUGAGAAGAUUUAUUCAAUGGGAUUGCUUCCGGAUGCGAGAACAUACAAUACAAUGAUAACUGGAUUUUGUCUAAAAGGGUUGUUAGAUGAAGCUAAAGAUAUGCUUAGAAAAAUGGAGGACAACGGUUGUUUUCCCGACAAUGUCACAUACAAUGUUGUUGUGCAAGGAUUUCUCAGGUGCAACAAAAUUAGUGAAAUGACAUCUUUCAUGAAGGAAAUAGCGGGAAGGGGCUUCUCAUUUGAUGCAACUACAACUAGUUUUUUGAUAAAUGUUAUAAGAGAUAAUCCUUCCGUCCUUGAAAUCAUACCAGAACUUCAAUUAGAAAACAAGAAGUGAUCGCUUGGUUCAUUCGGUUACUCUAUGGCUGUAAUAUAAUUUCCUUUUAUCCCUACAAAAGAAAUAGCAACCAAUGCAAUUGCAGAAGCUGAUGGCAAUUAGAAUGUUGCUCGAGUUUUUUAGGCAGACCUAUUGAGGAGGCAAAGUGCAAGGAGAAGUUCAAGCAAUUAUUUUUCAUGGAAAUGUACUCAAGAAUGUUGUUCUAUGACUAUGGUGUUCAUAGGCAAAGUGCAAGGAGAAAUUCAAGCAAUCAUUUUUCAUGGAAAUGUACUCAAGAAUGUUGUUCUAUGACCUGUCCACUUAGUGAAUCCACUAAUGCAGCCACUUAUGUUUUUAUGCCAUGAAUCGACCUCAGCUGCUCGUAUGGAAGAACAUGGUUUUGAAAGCACUACAGUAUCUGACAUUUUGAGAGACAAGGGUAAAGGCGUUAAUGGUUCAUUUACAAUGAUGUUAAGUUUGUUUGUGUGGGUUGUAGAACAAGCUCAUCACGGUCGCACCAGAAACUGAAGUACGAAAGUGAUGCAAUUGGUGACAGGUGUUAGUUUUUUCUUCAUUUCUCAAACCUCUAGCCUUUUUUUUAGUGAAGCUAAGCUUAAAUACUUUGCUACAUAGUCUAUCAGCCUCCUGUACAUUUUGCGGUCUUACACCUAAAAACGAAAUACAUUUAUAUUUUAAAUUACAAAUAUUCUCCUUUUCACCUUUCCUUCCAGAUCAUAACAACUUUGCUGAUACUGUGUUCUGGACCUAUUUGAUAUCGUACCUUUUCCAACUCACCAAUAGUUUUUUCAGAGUUCUCAACAUGCACCAUUUUCGUUUCAACUAAUGUCAAAAACAUGUACCAAAAAGGAGCUGCAUAUGUCAUAACCUUCUUUACAGAGGAUAUACCUGUUUCAAAUUAUCAUUCCUCUUCUUUAUAAGUUGUGUUGUGUCAAACAUGUUUCUCUUGCCAGUAGCCAUGUGAAGCAUUCAACCUUGUAAGGGGCUUUGUCUCUCCAUAUCAAUUUCCCCGGCCUUAUAUGAUGUUGCCUAAUACUUUGGGAGAAUACCUUUUAGCCUGAUUUUAUCGGGAAAACGCUGGAUUUCUAUUCGGCCUUUUCUGGUUCUGCUUUCAGCCCUUGACAUCCUUCAAUCACUUGCAAAAAUUGGCCGAUUCCUCCCUUUCACAGUCACUACACCUUCUUUCCAAAGGUUUAUGUUUUAGCCUUGUGGAGACUAAUACAUUUCUACUGUUGCAAUGCUGAAAUUCUGGGAAAUUGCUCCUUGAAUGGCCUGUUCCAUAUCCAUCCGCCUUGCCCGAAUAGGAAAUUUCUACCACCUCUCAGUUUAAUUUGAAUGUGCUUUGGGAAUUUGCUCCAUAAGUUUCUGAAGAAUUAUAUAUGGUCUUUACGUGUUUGUUUGUCCCACAUUAUACUGUAAACUGAUGCUACUGCCUUUUCUUCAUAACAUGUCUUUAGUUUUGAGUCGGUUUUUGAAUCCUCAGAACUUGACUACAUGAUUUAUAAAGAUUAUAGAAUGACAAGAUUAUUCUUCCUUUUACUGCUUGGAUGAGGGAUGACUCAUAUUUGGUGUUCUACUGCUUCUCCAAGUUUGAAUUUCAUAUGCAAAUUUUGAGUGGUUGGAUUUGAACAUGUUCUCCUCAAGAGGCGGAGCCAAGAUUUGAAAUUUAUGGGUUUUGAAUUUGUCAUCGAAUUCACUAGUUCGUCGUAGUUACUGGUUUCACACUUAAAUAUUCAUACAUAUUCAAUCAAGCACAAGUACAGGGUCUAAGCAAAUAGCUAUUGGGUUCAUCCGAACCCGUAGCUAAUACUCUCCCUCCGCCCCUAUUCUCCGGAAAACUAAUUUACCUAUUUGUUAUGUUGCAGGUUCAUAUAUUUGUUUAUUGGUAUUGGAGCAGUUCAUGUAAUAGUAUCUUGUUGUGGUUGCAUUGGAGCGGCAACAAGGAAUGGUGGUUGUAUCUGCAUGAGUGGUUUACCUUCAUGAUUAAUUAUGUAUUUGUGGAAAACCUAAAAUAUUUUUUGAAGAAAUAUAUUUCAUCAAUAUGUUGAAAUUUUGAUGUUGGAGAACUUACGUUUUCAGUCAGAAUUUGAAGCCUUACUUAUUAUAUAGCUUCUAUUUUGAAUUUACUUGGAUGAGUUUUUGACCAUUUUGGGCUUAAUCCAGACCUAUUCACUUGUGUAACAGCAACUCAGUCGUAUGCUGUUAUUUUUCAGACUUGUGAAAAAUGAGAUGAACCGAUAUGAAGUUCAUAUCUGAAGCUUUCAAUGCUUAUUCUCUUUUACGUCUUUGAGGGUGAAAAAACUCGUCAUUUGUUGAACUUAGCAUUUUUUUAGUCCUUCCAUUUUGUAUUUUUUCUACAGGAAGGGGAGUCAUUCUUCUAUUUCAAAGCCCUACUUUUUUAGUAACAGUUUUCAGUAUUUGACACUGUUUUGUCAAAAAAACAAAUCUUUAGAAAAAUUAAUAUGCAUUAUAUCCAAUGUAUCUGUUUUUCUUCCAUUUGGCCUUGUCUGGUUGAAGCAUUGCAGCCUUCAUUCAUUCCAAAAAUUGGCUCACUUCAGUCAUUACACCUUACCAAUGCUGAAAUCAGUUUGUUGCUAGAAGACGCUUUUUCCUACCAUCUCUCUGUUUAAGCUUCUGAUAUAUUUCAAACUCCUUGAGAAUAGUUAGGCAUGCUAUGUACUGUUACCAGCAAAGGUUGGUUGGUUUUCUAUUUUGUUUUGUGGGGAAAAGGCAAAAUUAUGUAUAGA